AUGGCUCUAAUACAAUUUGGAAGUACUUGCGUUGCUCAAUGGAGUAUUCAUCCUCAAUUUGCAAUCAGAGCUUAUUACCCGAGCAGAGUCGAAUCAACCCGCCACCAUAAUUCCAUGAGCCAAAUCAAUUAUUUGGGAGCUUCAAGGUCAAGUAUGUUCUCACAUGGGUCCUUGCCCUUCUUGUCCAUGACGGGAAUGUCCAGAAAUAUGCAUCCUCGUAGAGGAUCUCGCUUCACUGUUAGAGCUGAUGCAAAUUACUAUUCCGUCCUUGGAGUUUCGAAAAAUGCGACAAAAGCUGAGAUUAAGAGCGCUUAUCGGAAGCUGGCUAGGAAUUACCAUCCGGAUGUGAACAAGGAGCCUGGUGCAGAAGAGAAAUUCAAAGAAAUAAGUAAUGCAUAUGAGGUCUUAUCAGAUGAUGAAAAGAAGUCUCUUUACGAUAGGUAUGGAGAGGCCGGACUUAAAGGCGCAGGAAUGGGAGGCAUGGGGGAUUUCAGUAAUCCAUUCGAUCUAUUCGAGUCACUAUUUGAAGGUAUGGGUGGGAUGGGUAGAGGUUCAAGAAGCAGAGCCGUGGAUGGUCAAGAUGAGUAUUAUACACUAAUCUUAAACUUCAAAGAAGCGGUUUUCGGGAUGGAGAAAGAGAUAGAGAUAUCCCGGCUCGAGAGCUGUGGGACUUGCGAAGGUUCAGGUGCUAAACCGGGAACCAAAGCAACCAAAUGUACCACGUGCGGUGGUCAAGGUCAAGUGGUUUCAUCAGCAAGAACUCCUCUAGGUGUGUUCCAACAAGUCAUGACUUGCUCUUCCUGUAACGGUACUGGAGAGAUCUCGACGCCUUGUGGUACUUGUUCUGGAGAUGGACGCGUGAGGAAGACGAAACGGAUAAGUCUAAAAGUACCAGCCGGUGUUGAUUCUGGUAGCCGGUUAAGAGUGAGAGGAGAAGGCAAUGCUGGGAAGAAAGGCGGGUCACCGGGUGAUCUAUUUGUUGUUAUAGAGGUUAUACCGGACCCGGUUUUGAAACGAGACGAUACAAAUAUUCUCUACACUUGCAAGAUAUCGUAUAUCGACGCGAUUUUAGGGACGACAUUGAAAGUACCGACAGUGGAUGGGAUGGUGGAUUUGAAAGUACCAGCGGGGACACAACCGAGCACGACACUGGUAAUGGCGAAAAAGGGAGUUCCGGUAUUGAACAAGAGUAAUAUGAGAGGGGAUCAGUUGGUGAGAGUGCAAGUGGAGAUACCUAAGAGAUUGAGCAAAGAGGAGAAGAAGCUUAUUGAGGAGCUUGCUGAUAUGAGCAAGAACAAGACUGCUAGUAGCACCAGGUGA